UCCUCGUGAUCACAUCGAGUAGGAAGCAGUGAGCUGCGAAAGUCAUUUAACGGAAACUGUUGGCAAGUCCUGCAAGAUGGCGUUCAAAUAUGUGAUAUUAAUUGUCGCCCUGAUUGGGUUAUCCGGAGCAAAUCCUGCCAGCAAACCUGCCUUCUGGAAGGGAACUCCGAUGGACGGAAUGGUCGAAGAGAUGCGAUCGAUGUGCAGCACAGAUGGAGACUCCGGAGCAUGUCUGAAAUAUAAGAUCAUGAACUUCUUGGAUACCGUCUUCAAGAAAGAUAACUUCCAGCUCACUGAUGACAUCGAAAUUCACGGCAACGGAUACUCCGGAAAUGGAGCUCGCAGUGCAAGUGGACUGAUGGACAACGUUGAACAAUAUCUGAAGAGCCAUGAUGUUACAUUCAAACUACCGGUUGCAAAUGCCAAGGUGACCGUUUCGCCACGAAAUAUCGACAGCGAAGAACUCAGUCUAACGGUGAACUUCGCCAAGGUUGACAGUGGACGCAGUGUCGGUGAGGCCCGCAAAUCCAAACUGAAGAAGAUCGUCAUCCCGAUCAUGGUUUUCAUUCUGCUAAAGGCAAUGACCUUGAUUCCGAUGGCUCUCGGUGUUCUCGGUCUGAAAGCCUGGAACUCUCUGCAGUUGUCAUUCUUCUCAUUCGUAGUGUCCGUUGGCUUGGCCAUCUUCCAACUGUGCAAGAAGCUUGCCGCUGACAGCCACCAUCCGCACAUUGCCGCCCACGGCCCAUGGGAUGCGGGUCGAACGUUCGCCGCUGUGGAACCGGAGCCAGAAUACACCGGACAAAAUCUGGCAUACAGUGCCUAUGCUUAAAUCCGGUCAAAUCUUUCUUCUACGAAACUCCAUAAUGCAAAAUGGCAGAACUUUUCAUCAAUGGAAUCCGCAUUCAACUGGUAUGAUGGUUAAAUACGGAUUCAGGGGCUCUCCGUGUGACUGAUUUUAGUUCAACAGUAAUUUAUUUAUUUAUUUCUAAUGACGAAUUCUGUGCAAUAAAUCGAACGAAUGUUA